AUGGCUGCAAGAAAGAACUUAACCACAGCUGCAGUGACUGCCAGGCAGGUGGCUACAAUCAAAACUGGUAUCAUUUCAAAGCCGAUUCUGCCUGAAUCCAAGGUUCCAACACUGAGCUCCUCCCCAAAGGGAAAGACUAGGUCUGCACAUAGACCGACAUCACCUUCACUGCAGUUGCCUGUGCAUAUCCUACCUCUGCAGUUCUGUCUCAUUAGAAUUGCUUACACAGAACUCCUGAAGAACAAGUCUUCUGAUGAUUACAAGAAGCUGGAGAAGGAAGUGAAGUUAACUCUAAACAAGAUGUUAUCCAGCUAUGAGAACUUUCUCAAAGCAAACAUUCUCCAGUUUUUGAACGGCUCCAUCAUUGUUGAGAGUGAGGUUCUAUUCCAGAGAGAUGGCCCUGCUCCCACUAACUCUGACCUCAUCCGUACAGUUGUCACAGAAGUGGAAAGGAAAAUGGACACCUUUUUUGGCUGGAGAGUGGAUGUCAAGUCUGUCCAGUCAAAUGGUUUCAGCCUUGAGAAUCUAGAACCAGAAAAGCUGUUGGUUUUAUUCACUGCUCUGAGACUUGGCUCGAUUGCAGCAUUUGGUGGUGUGGGUAGCCAGGGCCCUCUGGACCGACUAAACAAUAUGGUGGUUCAAUCUCUGGGGGCCCUGUACAAAGUGAAGAACUUCUCCUUUGUCAGACUCAGGGAUAUCAAAGGUGACCUGGAAAUUCAUGGUGAAGCCUACAUUGACACACGUGUCCAUGCUGAUGUCCACCAGGUUCUGCAAGCACUGAGGGGUCUUGUUAACUACUCUGUAGACUUGACAACUCUCUCUGUGGAUGAUUCAAGGCUUAGCUUGCAGGUUUUCCCCAUUUCCUUCCUGAUCAACAACAGGACAGUCAAUGAGAAACUGCUGGAUCACUCUUCUGUGGAACACCAGAACCUCACCAGGGACCUUGCUGAUGUGCUGAUGCAUGCCCUGAAGAAAUACCAAGGCCUCCUGCAAGUGGUAAUUCGAGACCUCCUAAGUGGCUCCCUGAUCUGUCAUGGCAAUGUGGUAUUCCAGCAUCCUGCCCCAGCCAGUGCAGAUGUUCUGCAGACUCUUGUUCUUUCAGUUGGUCCACAUGAUGUGUUGGCUGGGUCAGGCUUUCAGGUGGACCCAUAUUCUUUCACAGUGGCAGGUGAUCAACUGGAACCUCCCUUUGUGUAUCCAAGUUUCCCUGGAUAUGCUGUGGCAAUUAUUGUCAUGUGUGGCCUUGUUAUAAUUGCCAUUCCCAUUGUGGCUCUGCUGUACCUGAAUUCUGGGCUAUUUGGCUGGCACGACAAGGCUAUAAUUCAGGGUGGGAGAGACAAUGAAGCAGGGACACAAACAUUUGAACUGGAUAACCAAGGAUUCCGCUCUACCAUUGAAGAGGAUGAUGGCAGACAUUCAUACACACCUACAAAGUACUCUGCCAGAGAGUGAAGAUGCACUGUACAAGUUCUUCCUGGCUCAUAGGCCUAAAUUUCCAACCUGCCGUAGAAACAGGAAGGUUCCAAGCACUAUCUCUUGGGGGUGGGGAUGUCAGUAUUCCAAAUGUAAAUGAUUCUAAAAUCCCUUGGAUUGUGCAAACUUUGUCAUUUCAUACAGCUGAGAAUUCCUUGUCUGCACCCUGAAUAAACUCCAUCUACACUAUAGAACUACAAAAGUAGCCACACUGGGUUCAUUUUUCCACAUUCUGGAGGGAGGUGGCAGCACCAGGUGCAUCCUGGCUAACUUGUUGGUGGAAGAAGUGACAUAACCUCCCUCCUUGAAGAGCAUCAGUGCUGUAAUAAAACAAAGGCCUGAUCCCUCAGUGAUGCUUAAAUUGUGCACCACUCUCCUCUUGAGGACUAGCUGCUCCUUCCAAGGGAACAUGAGACUUCUAUCAACCCAAAAUAACUCCCAGAUGAAGGGCCUCUUGACCUAGCAAGAGUUCUGAUUAGGUAUUCAGUGUGAAUAAUGCCCCAGCUCUCCCUGACUUAAGCAGAAAUCCCCCUGUGAGAUAGGGAAGUUUUAUUGUAAGCAUGCAUUUGACUUAAUGUUUUAAGUUAUGUUUUAAACUCUCCUACUUGUAUCUUGGCUUGCUACUGACUGUCUGUAGCUACAGUGCCAAAACAUUGUCUCUGAUGGUUGCUGUGAUUAGGAGGCUUAAGAUACAGAAACCAGGUAACUCUGAACCAAGGGCAGUCUUGUGACUGCUUAAACUAGCUGAGCUAUCUGAGCAGGGAGGCCGUCAGACCAUCUCCCUCCCAGACUCUCUUGUAGCAGUACUAGUGCAGUCUCUAGGCAACUGCCUCUCAAACAGCUCCUUAAAUGAGCUAAGAUAAAGUUUCCCAUCUCAGUUUCCUAGAAGCUUUGCUGUGGCACACAGACCUCCCUCCUUGGUCUGUCAUUUCCUGCUUAGGCAAGCCCUCUGGAAGCUGCUAGCCUGCCCAAGUGAGGGCUCCUUUCCAGGCUCCCCUUUUAGCCAGAGGACACUCUUCCCUUUAAGAGCUACCCAUGACUUUUCUCUGGAAGAGUAACUCUUCCAUCUUGUAGGUCUGAGCAAAUACAGAAGAUCCAGCCCAGACUUGUUUUCAUCUGCCAGGUAGACUCCUGCCCUAGUUAGCUUAUUUGGUGGCAGUAUCCCUGGGAUGUGGAAGUAGUGUCAGCUUGACUCACUAUAAGGCCAUGUCUCCUUAGCUGACAUGUCCUUGAAUGAUAGGCACUUCCAACUGUCUGAGAAAUGUCCCCUGUCAAACGAGGGUCACAGAAGCCAACAAGCAUGUUCUGAGGAAGCGGAGAACUUCAGACUGGUGACCUAGAUCAAGAGGGGUGAUAUUCCAGUACUUGGGAUGCUUCCACUCUUAAAGGAAUCUCCUCUUGUGCCCUUCAGAGAAACCACUUGAUUACCUGGGUAAUGUUGCAGUUACUUCUGCAUCAUGGACUGCUUGCAUUUCAAACUCUCAGCCAAGCCUGUGCUUUCUUCUGAGAAACUACUUGGCUAAACAUAAUUAUACAGAAGAAUCUGCUUGCCUUAGAAACUGACUCCUAUUGUAGUCCUCAGUCUCCAGGCUGGGGGAAGGGGAAGAGUAGCAAACCAUAUGAGGCUGAAUGUAGUAGGGUGACAGUCAACUCCUAUUUCAAAGUGCCUGCUGCUGACACAACUUUCUCUGCCAC